ACAACUUCCACGGCAAUUCUACAUUCUAAAAAAGCGAAAAAGUGCACUCAAUAGCCCGAAAUAAUGACAAAAUAAAGCGAAAAAGCGAAGCAGAGUUACCGCAGAACAAUACAAAGUAGAAAUACUCAAGUGAAAAGGGCAAGAAAAAGUGCCUUGCGAAACGGGAACGUUACCACCAACUUACCACUUUUUCGCCACCGAAAAAACCAGGCUAGCAGUGAUUUUCCGCGGGGCGGCGGGGGUUCCGAACGCAGAGGGAAACCCGUAGAAAAGAAACCGCUCGAAAGGAGCGCCCACUUUUGGCAGCAACUUUAAAAUCAACUCCCCAAAUCCAGAAGUGAAAAAUACGAAAAAAAAAAAACAGAUAAAAGGAAAACGGGGGCGUCUAUCGCUUGCGCUUGUAUAGGUGUGUGUGCGUGUUGGCCAGAACAAGUUGUGCGCGUGUGUGUGAGUGAGGGGUUUUUUGAUGUCUGCGCUGCCUUUUUUUCCCAGCCGAGGUGAGCACACAGGUGAAUUAUCGGUGCAUUCGGCUGCCUUGGCAACACAAAAACAACAACAACAACCUUUAACCCAUUGAAAUAUAUACCACCACCGCUAUAUUUAAACCCAAAACAAGAAGGCAAUCGAAAAUGCUGCGUUUUCUAAGCCGUCGCAAGGUGCGCAACAACUAUGUGGAUAAUUCCCGAGGGGGCGGCGGAGGCGGUGGUGCAGGCGGCUCUGCGGUGGGCGUGGCCGGGGGCGGUGCUGCCACCGCCGGUGGCUCGCAAAUUAAGCCGCAACGCAUCGUCGUCAACAAGAACAAGAUCGACUGCCGCGUCAUUCUGCUGGACAACACUGACCUUUCCAUCGAAUUAUCGAAAAAAGCUCUCGGCAGCUUCCUGUACGAACAGGUCUUCUACGCACUGGACAUCAUCGAAAAGGAUUACUUCGGGCUGCAGUUCAUGGAUGCCAAUCACGUCAAGCACUGGCUGGAUCCCACAAAGCCCAUCAAGAAGCAGGUCAAAAUCGGACCGCCCUACACGUUCCGUUUGAAGGUGAAGUUCUAUUCUUCGGAACCGAACACCCUCCGCGAAGAACUCACCCGCUACCUGUUCUUUUUGCAACUGAAACAAGAUCUGCUCGAGGGACGUCUCGACUGUCCGGACGACAAGUCCACCGAACUCUGCGCCUUGGCCCUGCAGUCUGAAUUGGGCGACUUCGACAACCAGGAGCACUCGGCGGCCACCGUCUCCGAGUUCCGUUUUGUGCCCGAGCAAACGGAGGACCUGGAGAUAGCCAUAUUGGACGAGUACAAGACGUGCCGGGGUCUCACGCCCGCUCAGGCUGAGACCGCCUUUCUGAACAAGGCCAAGUGGCUGGACAUGUACGGCGUUGACAUGCACACGGUGCUGGGAAAGGAUGGCUGCGAGUACCACCUUGGCCUCACGCCCACCGGAAUACUCGUCUUCGAGCGCGAUCAGAAGAUCGGUCUAUUCUUUUGGCCCAAGAUCAGCAAGCUGGAUUUCAAGAAAAAGAAGCUGACCCUCAUUGUCAUCGAGGACGACGACGAGGGCAGGGAGCAGGAGCACACGUUUGUCUUUCGGCUGUACAACGAGAAGGCCUGCAAGCAUUUGUGGAAGUGCGCCGUGGAGCAUCACACCUUCUUCCGGCUGAGGGCGCCCGUCAAGGGUCCCUCCGCCCGUCAGAACUUCUUCCGCAUGGGCUCCCGCUUCCGGUAUUCCGGUCGCACCGAGUUCCAGACCACCCAGCAGAGUCGCGCCAGGAGAACGGUGCAAUUUGAGCGGCGACCCUCGCAACGAUUUGCCAGCCGGCAGUCGCACCUGUUGCGCGAACGACAAAAGGCCUCCCAGGAGUCAGCGGCCUCGGCUGUGGCUACAGUUAAUGCUCGAGCCGCUGCUGCGGCGGCUGCAGCCGCUGCCGCAUCGCAACCGGCUGCACCAGUGACUCCCCUCCACGUAUCUACCCCAACUUCAAGCCACGAUAACAACAACGAUGCCUUCGACUCGCUCAUCUCCACGGAUCAGUUUAUCACCGUAACGCCCUCGCCUUCGGUGCUCACUGUCAUCCAAAACUCGGCCAUCAUUGAACCGGAUGCGGCCUGCAGCGGUUCCAUCAGUUCCUCCUCCCAGGCGGCAGCCAACUUCGCCUCGCUGGGCCGUAACUCCCUCAAGUCAAACUUUAGCAACGAGGAUCCGGCGUACAGCAAGAUUGGAUCGAUUGGCAAGGCCGCGGGUCUGACUGUUAAAUUGGAUCCUGACUACACGCCUCCGUACUCACCAAACGCCACCAAGAACUUCGAUGAGACCAAUCCGUUUAGAAAUGCAUCGGCCUCGCAUCACGGCAGCUUUGGCAAGGCUUCCAUUAGCUCCGGCCAGCUCAGUGUUAAGAGCGGCUUGUCGGAUAAAGAUAGAGAGCUAGACUCAUUGCUUAAGUCCAUUGUCAAAGAUCCAUCCCCAUCAGUGCUAGCAAACGAAGCCAUUAAUGAUGCUAACAGUAUCAGGGUGACCAUCAACAAGACCUUCGACAUGGACCACAACACGGAGACGCUGAAGCGGCUGUCGAACGCCAACGAGAAGCCCAACAACCAAGUGAAGCUGGCCAAUGUGAACACCACGGCUCUGCCGCCUGGCAACAUCAAGUGCAAUAUCCUAAAGGCUCGCGUUGAGGAGGAACUGGGCGCCGGCGGCAAUGCGAAGCUCACCAAUCAGAUGUUUGUGCCGGCCGCCCACAGCAGCAACAUGCACACGAGCAACACGAACAGCAGCAGCAGCAACAACGGCGAUGGACCGGAUUCCCUGAACGCCACCUACAUAUCAGUGGGAGGCGAUAAGCUGACGCUCAGCAUACCGGAACAGAAGCCAUCGACGGGCAGUAGCAGCAGUUCCAGCAGCUCGAGCACCACCACCACUGCCAUCGCCACCAAUGGGAAUGCGCCCUUUAGCAAUGCCACCUUUGUGUCCGGAUUUAGUGCACCGCUCACUCCGCCGUCGUCGCUGCCGGUGAAUCUGAAUAACACCGGUGCCACCAGCACCACCACCAGCGUGACCACCAUCAGCACGCCCAGCAGCCCCACCACCACCGCCUCGGAGACGGUGGCUCCCGCUUUGAGCAACGCUUCGGCCGCCGAAAUACUCAUUAAUGAAAUAUUCAUUAACAACAUCAUAAACAACAAUGCCACCGCCGAAAGUGCUGCUAAGCCGACGGGCAGCUCAACGCCCAGUGCCGGCACCUUGCUCUUCUCCACGCUCAAUGAGCAGGAGCGCCUGGAAUCGCAGAAAACAAGCCAGCAGAUGAAUCAGAAUCAAAAUCUGAAUCAAAGCCACAGCGAAGUCGAUGCGCCGCCGAGUGAAAAGAAAACCCCGAGCAAUUACCCGGACAACAGCCGCAUUCCUUUUCCGAGCAGCAGCAGCAGCAACAGCAACGACAUGGUAUCGCCCUGGCUGGUUUCAUCGGAGGUGGUGUCGGCCCCCAAGGGACGCGAGCCGACCAUCAUUCGCAAAUCCGUUAUUACAACCCAGUUGUAAUUAUUGUUUAACUCUAGCCCCUUCUUCGCGUGUAAGCUAAAUGUUCGUAUUUAUAAUCGGUAGCUAUGGAAAUCUAGGCAGACGUAACGUAUUCGUAUUUUAUCGUAGACAAACUUAGACAAGUUUUAAGCAUUCCAAGCGAGAGCAACGACAAAAAGACAAUGAGAGAGCAGGUCCAAUCAAAAGUAAACUGUCCAUAAAUGUGCCUUAAUGAUCUAUAUUUAUAUACUUAACAUAAAUCAUAUACACCGAUGCGAUAUCGAUAUCGAGGAACGAAAUGUGCUAAACCGUGUACUUAAUAAAGUAUUCAUCCGCUAAAUGUAAGUGUAUAGACUGGAUUUUUAACAAAAUGAAAAAGUAAGAGAAAAUGAAAACAAACGUGAUGAUGGGCGUUCUGCUUAAUAUACUAGACCUAUAUUAUAGCUAAGAGAUGUGAGGACCGUUUUAUGUGCAGUAUUCCAAUUAACAACUAACAGACCACUAAGAACAACGAAAUAUUAAACUGCAGCAACAAAAUUGACUGAAAGUGUAUACAAAUCGAAAUGAAUUGAAUUGAAUGUAAUUGUUCGAGUAUUUUUGUAAAUGUAUUGCCCGCCGGGGGUCCCAGUACCGAAAAACUGACUUACCACUCACCAACGAAAUGUUAAGUGCAAGCAAUCCAAUCCACUCAAUUAUCUUUUGUCUAAGCAUACAGCGACGAUGUUGAAGCAUUUAAAUGUAUAAAAUAUUCAAUAAAAAGUGCAUUUAUGCAUUAUGUAUACAGUA